AUGACAUGGCGACAUCUUCAAACAGUGAACUUAGAGAACAACAAUUUCAUUGGGAUCUUAAACAUAUCCAUAGGAUCCUUUCCUUGGUUGGAAACAUUGAACCUUCGCAAUAAUAAUCUUUUUGGAAACUUUCCUACCUUUUUAAAGAACACGAGCAACUUAGUUUCCUUGGAUUUAGGAAUGAAUCAAUUUUCAGAAAGGAUUCCAUCAUGGGUUGGACAAAGGUUGUCAAAUUUGAGGAUUCUUGUUCUUAGAUCGAACAAAUUCUGUGGUCCAAUUCCACGUCAACUUUGUGGCAUGAGUGUUUUACAAAUUUUGGACCUUGCACAAAAUGAAUUGACAGGACAAAUACCAAAAUGUGUCAAGCAUUUGAGUGCUAUGUUGGUGAUUAAUAGUAGUUUAGAGUCAUCCAUUUCUUUUCCAGACAUGUAUGCCGAUUCACUAUUGAUAGUUGAAGAGCUAGUAUUGAAAGGAAGAGUUUAUGUUUACAGCACCAUCCUUGGUCUUAUCAUCAGCAUGGACUUUUCAUGUAAUGAAUUAUCUGGAGUGAUACUGACAGAAAUCACAGCACUUAAGGGACUCCAUUUUUUGAACCUUUCAAAUAACCUUUUUAUUGGCCAAAUUCCUCAAAACAUUGGCAAUAUGAAAUCAUUGGAGUCUAUGGAUUUUUCAAGAAAUCAUCUUUCAGGUGAAAUCCCGUCGAGCAUGUCUGAAUUAAGCUUUCUAAGCUUCCUAGAUUUGUCUUACAAUAAUUUGAAGGGGAAAAUUCCAACAGGGACCCAAUUGCAAAGCUUUGAAGCAUCAAAUUUUGCUGGCAAUGAUUUGUGUGGUCCUCCGCUCACCAUCAAUUGUACAUCAAACGGCUCUAAUGGCAAACACCAAGAAGUUGACCAUGUGAAUGGAAUUAAUUGGUUCUUUGUGAGCAUGGCAUUUGGAUUUAUUGUGGGAUUUUGGGCUGUGGUGGGUCCUUUGCCCUUUAGUAGGUCGUGGAGUGCAACCUUUGAGGCUCAGUGCAUUCCGAGUGAGCGAGAGGCCUUGCUUAAGCUGAAGCAUCAUCUCUCAGAUCCUUCAAACAAGCUUGCUUCUGGUCUCCCUAUGGAAUUAAUUGUUGCAACUGGGAGUUCGUUGUUUGCAGCAACAUCACAGGCCACAUUCUUGAGCUUCACCUCACAACUCCUUCAGAGUUAUAUGAGACAUCAAAGUUUGGUGCGGAAGCAUCCUCAAGAAAUUAGAAACCUCUCGAAUCUAACUAUCUUCAACUCCAAG